UCUCUCUCUCUCUCUCUCUCUUUUGUUGCUUAUCACCAAGGCAAAAAAAAAAAAAAAAAAGAGAAGGGAAAAAAGCACAGCUUCUUCUUAGAGCUUUUAGAGCUCAUCUUUAGGGCUUAAUUAAUUUGUUGGCUAUAUAGCUUUUGGGAGAAGCACGAGUGACAUGGAUGUGGUGCAUGUGUUACAUUUCUUGUUUGGAAUUUUUGGAAAUGUCACUGCUUUAUUUCUAUUUUUAUCUCCCAUUCUCACGUUUCGGAGGAUCCAAAAGAACAAAUCGACGGAGGAUUUCUCCGGCGUGCCGUACAACAUGACCCUUCUCAAUUGCCUCCUCUCUGCUUGGUACGGCAUGCCAUUCGUCUCGCCGAACAACCUACUGGUGUCGACGAUCAACGGCGCUGGCACGGCCAUUGAGCUGGUUUACGUGAUCAUAUUCCUAACUUACGCGUCGACGAGCAAAGUUAGGAUGAAGAUGCUGGGCCUUCUCAUGAUUGUCAGCUCCAUCUUCGCGGCCGUCGUCCUGAUCUCGCUGCUCGCCCUCCACGGGCAGUCUCGUAAGCUCUUCUGCGGCUCCGCUGCGACGAUCUUCUCCAUCUGCAUGUAUGCUUCUCCGCUAUCCAUCAUGAGAUUGGUGAUUAAAACCAAGAGUGUGGAGUUCAUGCCCUUUUUCCUCUCAUUGUUUGUGUUCUUGUGUGGCACAUCAUGGUUCAUCUAUGGCCUACUCGGUCGCGAUCCCUUCGUUACGGUGCCUAACGGGUGCGGGAGCUUUCUCGGUGCACUGCAACUGAUCCUCUACAUGAUCUACAGAGACCGCAAAGGGCGCGACACCACAAAAGACGACUCUAUCGAGAUGGAGGAAUCCAAAUCCGCUAAAACCACCAACACCAAGCCUAUGGAGAAGAUCAACAUGCAAGUGCACCACCAAAUAGACCACCAAGUCUAGAGAGAGAGAGAGAGAAUGGUGCAUUUUUAUUAGGUUAUAUGCAUUAGUGUUGUUUUGUUUGUACUCUCUCUCUCUCUACAUGCUCUUUGUUUCUCUCUCUUCAUUACCUUUCUAUUUAUGCACUACUAAGAAGAUAUAUAGUUUGUGAAUUGUAAUCCACCCAAUUAUAUAAAAGCUUUGUUAAUUAUAUGCA